GUUAGGUUGUGGUUAUUUUAGUUGGAUCCUCCUUUGUAGUUCUUAGAAAUAUGUCAGCUGCUUGAGUGCCCAUUUCCACACUAUUGUAGUGGUCUUUUGCAGGGGUAUGAGACUGCUCUGAGGGUACUGUUUAUGUUGGUUGCCAGGAACGAUAAAAUAACAAGUUUAUGAGAGUUACUACAGUGGAUACUGGUGUUGCGGAAUGAUGGUUGCUAUGGUGAGUACGAGUUGGACAAUGGUCUUUGGAGAUAGACUACUGAUUGACAGAGUGAUUGUUUUGUUUCUAGGGGAAUUAAUGUUUGCUUUGGUGAGUGAUGGUUGUUCAGAUGGAUUGUCGUUGCUAGGACGAUUGAUGAUUGUUAGGAUGAGUGCGAGUUCCUGAAGGAAUGCUUAAAGGUUGCUCGGAGGAAGUGCUGGUUCUUGAAAGGAUGAUUGAAAGUUGCCAGAGUGGAUUGUAGUUGAUAGGGGAAUUAUGGUUGCUAGGAAAAACUAUGACUUCUUGUGUAGAUGAUGGUUGUAUGGAAUCUGUUUGUUAAGAUGAAUGUUAGUUUCUGGGAAGAUGGAAGAUCCACAGGGUGAGAGUUGUUGCUUGGAUGUGUGGGCUGGGUUCUUGUUUGCUAGAGUGAUUGCAGGUUACUAGGGAAUGGUAGUUGCUACAGUGAGCACUCUUUGCUGGGGAUAAUAAUGGCUGCUAUGUUGAGUGCUGGAUGCUAGGGUGAGAGUUCAUUGCGAGGGGAAUGAUAUUGGUAGGGUCAGUGCUGGUUGCUAGGGGAGAUGAUCACAGCUAUAGGUUGAGUACUGGAUCUUUGGAUCGAUGUUGGUUGCUGGGGUGAAUGAUGGUGGCUUGGCUGGGUAAUGGUUGCUAUGAUAAGGUGUUGGUUGCUAAGGUGCGCUGGUUGCCGGUUGGAUGAUGGUCACUACGGUGAGCGGUGGUUAAAGCGAAUCAUGGUUAUUAGGGAGAAUGAUGGUUGUGAAUGAUUGCUCAGGAGGACCCUGGUUGCUAGGGGGAAUGAUGGUUGCUAAGGGAGAUCUUGGUUGUUCCGGUUGCCAUGCAGGAUUGUGUGCGCGUGUGUGGGACAGUGUGUGAGAGUGGGGUGUGGGCAGUUGAGGGAGGGCAGCCUUUCCGGAAGUGACUCUGACCACCCCCACUAAACGCCCCCCUCCCCCGCCCCCUGUUUCCGGUUCCGGUCCCGCAUCCCCAGUGUCGGAAGAUGUGGGGAAGAUGGCGGAGCUGCAGAUGCUGCUGGAGGAGGAGAUCCCCGCGGGCCGCCGAGCGCUGUUGGACAGUUACCACAACCUGGACCGGGUGGCCGAGUACUGCGAGAGCAACUACAUACAGGCGGCAGAUAAGCAACGAGCUCUUGAGGAAACCAAAGCUUACACAACACAGUCACUAGCGAGUGUGGCCUAUCUGAUCAACACCUUGGCAAACAAUGUCCUUCAGAUGCUGGAUAUUCAGGCAUCCCAGCUCCGGCGCAUGGAAUCGUCAAUUAAUCAUAUCUCUCAGACAGUGGAUAUUCACAAGGAGAAAGUUGCAAGAAGAGAGAUUGGUAUCUUGACAACCAAUAAAAACACCUCCAGGACUCAUAAAAUCAUUGCCCCGUCCAACCCUGAGAGGCCUGUCAGGUACAUCAGGAAACCCAUCGAUUACGCUAUCUUGGAUGACAUCGGUCAUGGAGUGAAGUGGUUGCUUAGAUUUAAGGUUAGCACUCAGAAUAUGAAGAUGGGUGGGCUUCCACGGAGCACCCCACCCACACAGAAACCGCCCAGUCCCCCUGUGUCAGGAAAGGGCACCCUUGGUCGGCAUUCUCCUUAUCGUACGCUGGAACCUGUCCGCCCCCCAGUCGUCCCAAAUGACUACGUUCCAAGUCCAACUCGCAACAUGAGCUCCUCACAGCAGCAGAGUCCGGUGCGGACAGCUUCUGUAAAUCAGAGAACAAGGACAUACAGCAGUGGGAGCAGUGGGGGAAGCCACCCGAGUAGCCGUAGUAGCAGCAGGGAGAACAGCGGCAGUGGCAGUGUUGGGGUUCCCAUUGCUGUACCAACUCCUUCUCCACCCAGUGUCUAUCCAGGCUCUGCUGGUACCCCUCCACCACCUACCACACCUAAUCCUACUCCAGUCCCUGUUCCUCCUACUGCUGCAGUACCUGCUUCAACUCAAGGUUCUGUUCCUUCUGCAACCCCUACCCAUGUUCCAACACUGACCCCAGACUCCGUAGCAGGAGCUCAGCCCUUUACUGAUGGCUUCAUCUCACCAUCUCUCCCUGCUGUCUCUUCCGCUCCUACUGCAGGGCACACUCCUCAAUUCUACAGCAUGAAUCGACCAGUGCAGCGGCAGAAUCCUACCACCAUAGGAGGAUCUCUACCCGGCUAUAGACGGCCACCCUCCAUGACCUCGCAGGGUAACAUCCAGAAUCAAAUCAACGGGGGCCCAUUCUACAGUCAGAACCAGGCAACUGAAUCACGAGCGCCACUGGCUCCACCGCCACCUUCUAUUCUGCAGGUUACACCUCAACUGCCGCUGAUGGGCUUCGUAGCCAGAGUUCAGGAUAACAUUUCAGAUGGCUCCACUCCACCUCCUCCUCCUCCACCGGCUGAUGUAGUGUUUGAUGAGUCACCACCUCCUCCCCCGCCACCAGAGGAUUAUGAGGAAGAAGAGACAGCUGUGGUAGAGUACAGUGACCCAUAUGCUGAGGAGGAUCCACCAUGGGCACCCAAGAACUAUUUGGAGAAAGUGGUUGCUAUCUAUGACUAUUCAAAAGAUAAAGAAGACGAAUUGUCUUUUCAAGAGGGUGCCAUUAUUUAUGUAUUGAAGAAGAAUGAUGACGGCUGGUAUGAAGGAGUGAUGAAUGGAGUGACUGGUUUGUUUCCUGGCAACUACGUGGAAUCCAUCAUGCAUUAUGCAGAGUGACAUGCUAAAGGCAGCCCCCCGGCAGCUGCCCCCCCUCUUCCCGCUGGUGCACUGCCGCAUUCUGUGGCUUCCUGUCAUGCUGGAAAAGGAACAAGCUGAAAUGAAGGAUUUGAGUAAAUGAUACACAAAUAAUGACCUUGUUAUUCAACCAGGAUAGAGUGAAGUGGCAUUGUCUCUCAGGAGUCUGAUAUUCCUGCUGCCGGUGUAGGCAUCAGUGACUGUUGAACUCCAUUGUGAAAUGAGCUCUUCUGUGUCUGUCUCAUGUGCGUGCGCGUGCACACAUGCACUCUCUCUCUGUCUCCCUCUUCUGUAUCUUUCUAACAUGUACUGACAUGCACAUGUCACUGUCUCGGUCUCUCUCACACACUACACUCUGGCACUCUGCCUUUCACACAGUCACUGCCUUUCUAAACUCUCACACAUAAAUCACUGUCUUUUACACAUGCGCGCACGCAGUUUUUCUCCCUGUCUCCUAUACAGAAAAUCAUGUAAUGCAGUCAUGCUGGUGUUAAGGGUUGACCGAUACCACCUUUACUACAGGGCAAGUCCCUUGCCAGGUAAUGGUCCAAACAAAAUGCCUCUGUGGUGAUGCUUCCAUAUUCUGAAUUAAGCUGUCCACACUCCCAAAUGCAAUCUGCAAGGAAAUUCUCAAAGCAGACCUCCUUCAAAAGCUCAAGAAGGAAGUCACCUGGAGAGUGUAUACUGGAAGCAGUCAUAUUAGAUGCUGUGUUGUACAGGGUACGCUGUAGUACAGUUCAUGUCUGUGUUGGUUGAGUUGAGUCUGCCUUGAGUUAGUUGGCAAUCUGGCUACCAGCAUUUGAGUAAAUUUUGGUAAGUGUGUUUGGCUCUCAUCUGUAACUGAGAGAAACAGCUAGAAUCUACAAUUCUAGAUUCAGCAUUCCAAGCGUGGGUAGUGUCUGAAGAGAGCAAUUUGUUCUGUAUAACAUUUUGAUACAAUACACAAUGGAUACAGUUAUUUCACUGUAUUUCAUUGAAGUAGAGUAUUGGUGGGUACAAGUAUAUCACUGUACAACAGAUACAGUGGUGGAUACAGGUGUGCCACUGAUGCUGGAGUGCUGUGUUGUUAGAUACAUGUUUGUCACUGGAUAUGAUUAAGGUACAUUACUGGUGGGUACAGGUCUGCCACUGUACAUUACUGAUGUGCAGUACUGGUGGAAAGAGGUCUGUUAGUGAAUAACAUUGGGGUCUGUUUUGGUGGGAACUGUCAAUCAAAACACUGGGGUGCAGUACAAAGAUAAGGUCUAUCAACUAUAACACUGGGGUACGAUACUAGUGGGUAUAGAAGUAGGAGAAAGUUCAUGGAAAUGAGUAUUAUGUGAGAAGUAUAUUGCAUUCUAUUAUAAUGUAUAUGAUUGUGUUUUUUGCACAGUGUCUUGGUUCAAUAUAUUUAAUAAUCAUAGCAGCACUCACAGCUGUUACACAUGUUUUAGAGUCGAGGAUUGCUUUCAUUUUUAUUCUAAUUCAUAGACUAAUGUUUCUGAGACAGGUUAAUAAAAUCUACAGAUGGAAUUGGUGUAGCCUUAUUCAGGUUUUAAAUUAUCCUGAUAUAAUUUUGACAUUUCCCAGUCUGUACCACUGGGGGAAGCACAGAAAUAAGAAUAAGUUUAUAGCCAGGCUACUAGGAUUCAAAGGGCUUCUUUUCUGAUUAAAUACAAAGUACAUUGGUCACUAGAUUGAACUUUACACUUCUUUAUGUUAUAAGAACAUCAGAAAUAGGAGCAGGAGUAGGCCAUGUGACUUCUCGGUUCCAUUCUGCCAUUAGGUUAAAUAGACUGAUGGGAUCCUGAGGAUUUAUAGAUAGAGGUGUACAAAAGCAGGGGACAUGUAAUGAACCUUUAUAGAACCCUGAUUUGUCCGAAGGUAUGCUGAGGCCAAGGCUGACAAAGCACUUUAGAGAGAGUGCAGGGAGAUUUAUGAGAAUGUUCUGAGCUGAGGGUCUUUGAUAGGGUAGUUUGAAGAAGCAGAGAUUGGUCUCGUUGGGGGAGGUUGGAGAUUUGGUGGAAGUCUUCAGGAAGAGGAGUCUAUAUCAUGAAAUGAGAGAAAGAUUUCCCAUUGGUAGAGGGACCAAGUGAUUGGCAAAAAAAGACAUAAUUUAUACAAUUGGUUAUGUGCCAUAACCAUUCUAUCAUUACAAAUUGACAGGAUUUGUUCAUCUCACAACAGACUGCUAAAAUAUGUAACAAAAUGCAUCUCUCAAUUUUAAAAUGAUGUUGUUGACCCUUAGCAACUUAAUUUCACUUUAAGGCAACCAAAAUAAAGGCUAGUAUUGGAUAAAUGAGAAAGGAGGUCAGUUCAGGGGGAGUAAAAUCGCCUGGCCGAAAUUUGUCAGCUUCUAUCUUGCUUUGUGCUGCAUUGAGUCAUCUGAUCCUGGAUAGGAAUAGGUAGCUACAAUCAGCCUAUGGUUGCUGCUCCUGAUCAAUUCCUGAUCGACCCUGGUAGAAAAUGGCUGUGUUGGCAAAGGAGAAGAGGAUGGAAGUUUGGGAAUUGAAAAUGAAUAAAGGGACAAUUUAAGUAAACGGUUUCUUGAGACUGAAUGCUUGUGGGGAUCUAUGGCACAGCCACUACGAGAUCAAGUUUCAUCAUUACAGAUUAUAGCAGUUAGUUAAUUGGGAAAUGGAAAUCAGGUCUUUUACAUGAAUUCCUGAUUCUAAAUGGCUAUUUCCUGCAUUCGGAAUGGGUUUGUGAGCAAAUCACAAGGAAUCAUGCAACAACUUGGGCUGCCGUUCUCACUUUCUCCUCCCUGGCGAGGAGAUCAUCAGGAAGUUAGUUGGAGUAAUAUGGCCAUUGCUCCAUUACAUGUGGCAGCACCAGUUCUUGUGGAAUACCAACAGGAUUUUCAUGGAAUCUCAGAUUUUUCUCCAGGACCCACACAUCUGAUCAGUUCAGAGAAAGGUUGCAAGGAUGUUCAACAUGUUAACCUUUGGGUGACAUGAGUGGCCAAGGCUUUGUCCAUCUAUUGAGGUGAAAAUAUGAAAAAGCCUUACUGGUAAGUGGAUAGAGUUGAUAUUCUGGCAAAAAGAACUAAUGGGCUGAGAGUUGUUCUUCAUUAGAACUGAACUUGUAACCUGAUUUUGAAUUCCAUAAUUGCUCUAAAUUUUUAAGUAGCAAUUUUUAACAUACAGACUGCAUAAUCAAUACAUUUGUGAGAAUGGGUGCAAAUCGCACAAGGCACUGUUGAUAUGUGUGCAUUUAUAUCUGUCUGUAGUACAUCAUAAUAAAUAUUAAAUAGGCAGAGUUAAUUAUGGACAGUGUGCGUAUUUAAGUAAUAAUAUUUGUACCUUAACCUCUUAGGAUAUCAGAAAUCUUUAAAAGAUAUGAAACAGCUGCCUGAGGGUGUAACACCACUAAAACUCCCAAUAAUUUAUAAAGUGAACAUGGUUGCCUGGCCUUGUAGUACUGGUCCUUUCUGUUGUAUCGGUCGACCCUUUGGUUUCUUUGCGGUACUAAUGUGUAGAUAUCCUCACUGGUUUUAUGCACCAUUUUGUAAGAUUUUAUUUCUUCUUUUGGGUUGGCUAAGAUGCUGUGUAAAGAAUAUUGACUAGAGCCUGAUGUACAAGAAUCUGUGUCUGUAAUGUUUGAAUAGACUGCAUGCUGUAAUCCCUGUCCUGGAGCUUGCUUUUAUUUCUCACAUUGUCCCCCUUUUAAGACUAAACUUUGUCAUUUCCUUUUGCAGGUGGACAAGAGAUGUUUUGUUCUAUAUGCCCCACUCUGGCACAGGAGUGUAGGGGUUUUUUUGCUGUAUGAUGGAGCAGCAACUUGGGACACUGCCAAAUGCCCCCAUCAUUGUGCUGCCAAAUGCCCCUUCAUUGAAGUGAGCGCACAUUCCAAGGCAAUAAAUCUAGAAGAAACUUG